AUGUUGAUAACAAGAAGACUAUUUAAUAGUCUAUAUAAAUCAUCCACACCCAAUAAACCAUUAUUCAAUCUAAUACGUUUUAAUUCAACCAGUAAUGAAUCAAAUUUAACUGAAUUAGAAUUAGAUGAUAUAAGAUUUAGAAGACAACGAGAAUUACAAUUAAAACAAGUUGAGUUAAAGAAGUAUGGAGAUACUUUCCCAAAACAUUCACAUCCAGGUUCAACACAUUUUAAAAAACCAAUACAUUCACAUUUAUACAAAGGUAGACCAAUUAAAGAAUUAACAGUUGCAAAAAAAAUGAAUGGUGGUAGAAAUAAUCGUGGUGUUAUUACAGUUCGAGGUAGAGGUGGAGGACAUAAAAGAAGAGCUAGAUUGAUAGAUUUUCAUCGUAUUGGAAGUGGUAAACAUGAAGUUAUUAGAAUUGAGUAUGAUCCAAAUAGAUCAGGUCACAUUGCAUUAAUUAAAAAUCUUGAAACUAAUAAUUUAUCAUAUAUUUUAGCUCCUCAAGGUUUGAGACAAGGUGACUUUGUAGAAAGUUUUCGAAAAGGAAUACCCAAAGAUUUUAUUGAAGAAAUGAAAUUAAAUAAUAAUGGAGAAAUUGAUGAUGCUUUAUUAUCAGCAAGAAUUUUACAAAGAGGUAAUUGUGUACCAUUAAAAAUGUUACCCGUAGGAUCCAUAAUACAUUCAAUUGGGUUAUCACCAAAUAGACCAGCUCAAUUAGUUAGAUCUGCUGGGACAUUUGGUAAAAUUUUAUCAAAACAUCCUGAAAAAGGUAAAGCUAUAGUUAAAUUAAGUUCUGGUGAACAUAGAUAUAUUUUAUUAGAUUGUCAUGCUACAUUAGGAGUUGUUUCAAAUAAAGAACAUCAAUUAAUUAAUUGGGGUAAAGCUGGUAGAUCAAGAUAUAGAGGAUUUAAACCAAAAGUUAGAGGUGUUGCAAUGAAUGCUUGUGAUCAUCCUCAUGGUGGUGGUAGAGGUAAAUCAAAAUCAAACAAACAUUCACAAUCAAUGUGGGGAUUAAAGAAAUUCCAAAAAACAAGAACAAUACCAAAUAAAGAUGUUAUAAGAAAUAGAAAAGGUAGAAUGGUAAGACAUGAUUAA